AUGAAAAGACACGUAAAUAUAUAGAGCUGUUUGAUCAAAUUAUAGAUGAAGAGAACAAGGAAAAUAUUCACGAUGACACGGUUGUGGAUGAAGUAGCUGAAAGUAAUCUUUUAGAUAAAAAGACGAAAUAUACGGAAGAAGACAAUGAAAAUUUCGACAAAUUAAUUGCUAAAAUGAAAGAAAUCAUGGAUCAAUUAGAUGAUUUGUCCGAAAAAUACCAUUACUUAUCCAACACUUUUCCCAUAGCAGCGCAACAUUAUGAUCAAUUAAAAAUGCCUGAUAUGUUUAUUGUUAAGAGCAUUUCUAGUCAUCUCGAUACUAUCAUAAAAAUGAAUGGUGUUAUGAAAAACGUCCCUGAACGCACAUGGACAGCUCAUGUAUUGGCCUAUCUAUUUUUCGUUACGUUUUGUUUUAUAAAUUCAUUACACUAUUAUUCGUGUGAAAGAAGUAUUGCGACAAAAAUAGAUGUUCAAGAAAAUAACUUUAAAGCUGAUGGUGUAUUAGAGCUUUUUGAGCGACCCAUGCAAAUUCCAUUGUUUUUGCUCGAGGUGUCAGAAGGUCCCAAUAAUCCGGACCCAGAUAAGAUUAACGAUGAUAGAAGGAAGUUAAUGAAAGAAGGCGUUUUCGCUAUCAAUAAGUUUAUGACAAGAACGAAACUGCCAACGUUAGAAGUUUGUAGCACAUUAAAAGUUUUCUUGGCACAAGGAUUUGGCGAUAAUAUUGAAAUUGGUCAAAUGAUCUUUCAUAUACCUCGACUUAUUCGAACGCUCCUAUGUUUACGAUACAAUGUUCUUAAGGAAAUUAAGAUGUUUGAGAAGUUCUCAAAGGAAGGACAGAAACUUAUAGUGAAACCUAAAAAUAAAUAUCCAACUGGAGUUACUCCAGAACGACCAAAAGCU